AUGUCUUUCCGCGGCGGUGGACGAGGCCGUGGCUUUGCCACAGGCGCGAAUAGAGGAGGUGAGCAUCGUCUUUCACUUUUCAAAGUCCCAAUUCACGGUGCUGAUGGUUGGCUUUAUUACACAGGUCGUGGAGGUUUCCAACAGUCAUUCGGUCCUCCUGCUCAGGUUUUAGGUAUUCUUCCACCACGAUUCAAAUUUGUGCGACCUUCAUUGCUGAUAGACACAGAAAUGGGAACUUUCAUGCACGCUUGCGAGGGCGAGAUGGUCUGCGAGUCGAUCAAUCCCAAGAUCCCGUAUUUCAAUGCUCCGAUCUACCUAGAGAACAAGACACCCGUUGGAAAGGUCGACGAAGUGCUUGGUCCGAUCAACCAAGUUUACUUCACAAUCAAACCCCAAGAAGGAAUUGUUGCGGGCUCUUUCAAGGCCGGAGAUAAGUUCUAUAUCGGAGGAGAUAAAUUGCUACCUUUGGAAAAAUUCCUACCAAAGCCAAAGGCCCCUCCAGGUCCCAAAGUCAAGAAACCAGCUGGUGCCAGGGGAGCCGCUCGUGGAGGUCGUGGAGCAAGAGGAGGACCCCGUGGUGGUGCUCGGGGUGGCCGCGGAGCACCUGGUGGCUUCCGUGGGCGUGGUGGCGCUGGAGCACCCCGGGGUCGUGGUGGCUUUUCAAGAGGAGGACCAGGCGGUCGUGGAGGUCCUCGAGGGGGCUUCCGAGGACGUGGUUAG